AUGACCACGGAACAAUGCGAGGCAUUGGAAGCCUUGAUUGAGCACCAAGAUGACAUGGAUGAUGUCACAUUUGAGGCAGGAGACAUGUCAACUGACGUCAAUGAGAUCCUGCGUGAAAAACACAUUGAUGUAGGAGUUGUCGAGGACCUCACUUAUUCUCUGGUAGCUGAGGCACUCAACCAUGAUUCUCUGGAUUGGCGGCUCAAACAUGCCUGUCCCUCAUGUACCUAUACUCUCAAGGACGAGGUACCUCUUACAUUCACUCUACUAUUCGCUAUGGAUGGCAAUGACUCCCUCAAGCGCAUCCUUUGUCGCACUCUUGGCAUAGAUGAGAAAGACAGUGGAGAAUCAUCUGAACUUCCUACCAUGCAGCAUGUCCGAGGGGAUUGUUAUCUCUUGCGUGAUUGUGUUAAUCAGUGGAGCAAAGUAGGCAUGGAGGACUCAGAGGUAACACGUGAUUCAGACUCGUCAGGAAACCCUUGCACGGACAGGUGGAAUAACAUGGAUGAUGAGAAGACAAAGAGGGCAUGGGGGAUAUAUGAUGAAAUGGGAAUCUUCACUGUGAGUGGGGAGUUGGCAAAAUACCCACUAGUUAUUGUUGCAAAAUUGAUGGACAUCUUUGGUAAUGGCCUUGGUGGUGGAUAUGACAUUGGAUGUCAGUUCAAGACAACACUUAACAACAGUCCUUUAGGUCCCUGCGUGCAUUCUCUCCAUUACAUGUCCCUCCUUGAUCAUCUCGCACGAUAUGUUCCAGUUUUGGGGCUGGAAGACUUAGAAAUGUGCGAGCACACGUUCUCGAAAUCAAAUUCUUUGGCACCUACGACGUGUUACUCAAGUAUCUUCCACUGUCAGCAAGCUAUCAUAAGCUACUUCGAGUACAACAAUGAUUAUGAAGUAUAUGCAAAUCUAUCCAAUUUUUUGUACAACAACUACAAACAAGCUCUCAACAUCAUAGCCAACAGUCGCAUUACACUCCCAAAAUCAAUGCAAGAUCUUGAUAUCACUCAGGAGUCCAUCUUUGAGGACUGGCUAAUGAAGGAGAAGACUUAUUUACAGAGUCCCCAUACUGAACCUGAGCAUGAGACAUUGCAAAUGGAGUACUGGCAAAAACUUGUUAAUCUAGGUGCAAGCAAGGAGGAUCUUGAUACUACAAGCUUAGUAUGGGCUGUAGCCACACCUUCAGGGUCAGCUGAGUCUUUCAUUGGCCAAUCUCUCCAUCAGGGUUGUAUAUUAGUGGGCCUUGACCUCUCCUGA